UUGCACCUGCCGUGGCCAUAAAUGAUUGGGGUCACCGCCCGGCCCGGUCGGCCGCGUCCCCCUUCUCCCUUCGCCUUUCCCCCUCCCUCCUCCCCCCGCUGCUAGCUGCUGCAGCUCCGUCCUCUCCGCCACAGUCUAGCUAGCAGCCUCUCCCUCCCAGCUAUAUACGCGCCCCCCACCCUACCGCCACCCCACCACCGUCCUCCUCGCUCCUCGACCACCGCCGCUCGACCAUCUGCUUCGGCCUUCGGCUGAUCGACGGCCAGAGCGGGGGGUGACGAGACGAGGUCGGCCGGCCGGCGCGCAGAUCUGAGGCGUGCGUGAGCAGCUAGCGCGGAGGGAGCUGAGCCGGCAUGCAGGGCGGCGGAGGCGCGGCCGACAGCCCCGGCGCGGCGGCGGCGGGCGGGGACGCGCCGCGGCCGAGCCGGUACGAGUCGCAGAAGCGCCGGGACUGGCACACCUUCGGGCAGUACCUCCGCAACCACCGCCCGCCGCUGGAGCUGGCGCGCUGCAGCGGCGCGCACGUCCUCGAGUUCCUGCGCUACCUCGACCAGUUCGGCAAGACCAAGGUCCACGCGCCGGGCUGCCCCUUCUUCGGCCACCCCUCGCCGCCAGCGCCGUGCCCGUGCCCGCUCCGCCAGGCCUGGGGCAGCCUGGACGCGCUCGUCGGCCGCCUCCGCGCCGCCUUCGAGGAGCACGGCGGCCGCCCCGAGGCCAACCCCUUCGGCGCCCGGGCCGUGCGCCUCUACCUCCGCGAGGUCCGCGACAGCCAGGCCAAGGCGCGCGGCAUCGCCUACGAGAAGAAGCGCCGGAAGCGCCCCUCCUCCUCGUCCCAGAAGCAGCAGCAGGCCGCCGCGACUCCCCCGCCCCAGGCUGCGACGCCCGCCUCCUCGCCGGCCAUGUCUGACGCGGCGACCGAGAGGGCCGCCGACGCGCGGGCGCAUCACAUCCCGGAGGCCGCCGCCGUGCACCAGCACCACCACCACUUCUUCAUCCCGCACCCGCAGUUCCUGCACGGCUUCAGCCUGGUGCCGGGCAGACACCCCGAAGCGGUCGCUGCUGGCAAUGGCAGCAGCAGCGGCAGCAGCUCCGGCGGCGUCGGCGCCGGCAGCGGGGACGAGAUAGCGCUGGCGAUGGCGGCGGCGGCGGAGGCGCACGCGGCGGCGGGGUGCAUGCUGCCGCUCUCGGUGUUCAACUAGCUCGCCGUGUGGCCGCCGAAUCGAGAGGUAGGGCUUGAACAAUGGAUGGAUCGAUCAUCCGGAGGUUUAAUCUAGUGUUAAGAUCGAUCUCGUCGUGAUGGAUCAAUCAACACGAGUACGUGCUGCAGCUGUUGUUAAGGAUUUUCUACCCGAGCGAUCUCUUUUGGUUGGUUACAUGUAUUUCCUGCUGUGCUAGCUGCUGGGAAAUAGUAGUAGUUGUACUUGGUACUGUAGGGUUUGCAGGAUCCCGCUUGGUUUGUGUAUGCAAUGCGAUGAUGAUGGGAGAUAAUAUAAUGGAAGGCUUAAUUACCAUGCUC